AAGUUCUUUAUAAUCGUGGAUUGUAGUAUUGUAUACAGAAUACAGAACACGGAAUGUUCUGUUGUAUAAACCACGAUAAAAUAACCGUGAUCUAAGAAAAAUAAUUGUGAUCUCAUUUUCAAUUUACAUUUUACAUAUUUUAAAAGUUUAAAAUUUUUACUUUUUCAAUAUUCUAUCAAUUGUGUCUAAAUUAUAUAUUAAAGUGCCGUCGUAAAAAAAAGAUUGAGAAGCACUGAUCCAAGCAGUGCUGCACUGCUCUAUAACACUCAUUAUAUUGUGAUAACAUAAUCUUUUUCUCAUAAUAUAUUUUGUUUAUGAUAUAACAGAUUAACAGAAUAAAAAAAUAUUCAAUAAUUAAUUUUAUUUGUAUAGACUAUAAACUAGUUAAUCAUUGGACAGAUUAAAAUUAAGAAUUAAAAUAUACCUAUAGUUGAUUUUAUAUUGAAUAUAUAAAGAAGUUGUAAUAUCAACAAUUUCAUCAUGGCUGCACCAAUGGAACGUAUUCAAGCUCUAGAAUUAAUUGAAAAAGACAUAAUAACAUGUUUACAAAGCGCUGGUCAAGCAUUAUUGGAACUUAGUAAGGAAAAAUCCAGUUUGAAACAAGUAGAGAACCAAUCACACCAAUUCUUAAAGAGUUUGGGUAAUGUAGAGUCAAAACUAACUGAACAAAUUAAUUACUUGACUCAAGUAUCUACUGGACAGCCAUAUGAAAACAGUGGGUAUGCAUCACAAAAAGUUCUCCAAAUGGCUUGGCACCGUCUUGAACAUGCGAGAAGCAGGGUGAAAGAAUUGGAACGUUCUAAAAAUAAGUAUCUUCAGGAUCAAGAACAAUUGAAAGGAAAUGUCUCAAAUCUAUUAUAAUACUUUUGUUUUUGUAGACUUAUACAUUCUUAAGCGAUAAAUGAUAAUUUAACUUAAUUGUAAUAAAAACUAUGUGGAGUAAAUAAACUAAUUAAAAUCUGUGA